AACCCGGACUACCCAGAGAAUCCAUCUAACUCAUCAUCUGCGUGCCAUUGUUUGGAGACAGAGAAAACCCUUGACAGUGAUGUCCAAUCAGAAGUAGCUAAUCUAGUAAGGAGGUCAUUAAUGUAAGGACAUUAAGGGUUUGAAGCCUUAUUGGAUAUUGGAUUCCUGUCUCCAGCUUUCAAAUACAAACUCUCUCACACUCCCUCACAAACACGCAAAUUCAUUUGGGUAAACAAAAGCUGGAAACAUUCCCGCUGUUUAUUGGAUAUAAUCCUGCUGACGUUGGCUGAUAUCAAUGCUGCCCUCCAACCUGUUCAGCUCCUCAGGGGGCUGAGCCAACCUGCCGAGGAGUAUGGGCAGAAGGGUGGCUGACCCAACCAAUCCGGUGCCUGCGCUGGGGGUGCCUCUGGCUGGGGGGCGAUGGGGGCCGCUGUGCAGUGUUGGGGUGCAAACAUCUCCCGGACUGCGAACUCUCCCUUCCAUCAAACGACACGGCAGCCAACCAACAAACACACAUCGGCCACUCACCAUGCCAACAGACAAGACAACAACAGUGGAGACAGGGGGAGUUAUUAGAAGUGACAGCAACAGUCUGCCAGUGUCCAAGGAGACAUCUCAGAACGAGAUCAACAGCCUGACACAGGACGACAUGGGGUCACAGGGCUCAGGCAGCGGAGUUUACUGCCAGAUCAAAACUACACGGACAAACCCCAAGGACACAAGAGAUAAAAGGACAGCUCGGUACACAAAUGGCAGUGUGGUAGCCUCUGAAGUUGUGGGAGGGGUUUGCACUGAGGCCACAGAAGGUAAGGAGCCGGCCCAAGAGAGGAGGAGGGUGCAGUCUCUACGUGGUGAGGGCCAUCGCACGGUAUUAAAGACGGGGAGCGUUUGUACCACUGUGCACGCCACCCCACCGCGGCCCUGUCGAGUGAUGGCAUCUUCCUCCCCCAGCCUUUGUGGGACAUGCGGGAGGAGACGAUCACAGAUUACACCGUGCACGGGCGCAUGUCGCAGGAAGGCUGUCAAUCAAAUAACAGCCAGCCAGACUUUACCUAAUCCGCCUCGGAAACCUUCUGUGGCUCCCAAGCAGUCAAGAAAAGAAUCUGCUCUGGACUCUCAACCUUGCACAAAAAACACAGACACAGCAAACAUCUCCACGCACACAUCAGUACAUACUUCUCGAAUACCACAGCUGUCACACACUAUGCCAAAAACACACAGCUCACAUUCCAACCCCAAAUCACACACCCUGAACAAAACACAAGAGUCAAAGCAGCGGACAAGGCCACAUUCUGCAGAAUUUACUCAAUGCAAGGACUCAGCAACGCAAACAACAGACACACACAUGCACAACAACACAGACAGGACAACAGCUACCACACAUACACAACAACAACAACAACACACACCAUCUGCAGAUGCAAUAGAGACCCUUUCAACUGACAAACACAAGUAUGACUUUGCUAAAAGCCAGCACACUGACGAACACACACAUCAACAUACAUUAGACCGUAUCACUUCUAAACAUCCAGAUCCUUCCCUUCACAGUGACUUAAAAUCUACCAACACCCCGCCUCUCCCACCAAAAAACUCUCCUAAACCCAAUCAUUCCAAACCAGCCACACCUGUAGCGCAAACCAAAAACAAAGACGAGACAACAAACGAUCCCAAACAAAUAUCCUCAGAACGGGUCAAACUCAAGGACUAUGUAAAACAGGAGAGCAAAUCCUUUGACGACCACACUCUGCCUUGUAAGACUCACAUGAAAGCACAAUGUAAUGGGGCUCCAGGGGGGUUGUUGGGUGCACCCGCGGGGAACGCACCACACGGGCUGGAGAGGCAGUUGCAAAGUGUGGAAGAGAACCUACAGUCCAAUCAAGAGAAGAUCAAGGUGCUUCUCAACGUCAUUCAAGACCUGGAGAAGAGCAAGGCCCUCAGCGAAGGUCGCAGCUCAUACAGAACUGGUCAGGACAUUAACAACUGCCCCACCUGCCAGAAGACAGCCUGCAUCAUCUACAGUGUGGAGCAUGAUUUCCGACAGCAGGAGGGACGCUUCCAGGGUGUUAUGGAGGCCUUGGAGGGGGAGUAUGAUGUGCCUGCACCCACUCUUACCAAGCCCACGCCAGCCCCUUCCUCCUCCAACCGUCCCAGCACCAGGGCCCGUGUCAAGAAACUCCGCAAAAAGUGUUUCUGGUGGCUUUAAGAUUUUGAAAAACCACAACGGCCCUUCUGCCAACAUGGCAAAAAAGGGAUGAUUUUGUUUCAGGAAUAUACAGGCCCCAACGUUGUGGAAUAAAGCAUCUCUCCAAUGGGUGUGUAGUGUGGGAGUGUUGUGUUUUUAAGUGUCAUUAAAAUUAGUGGUGGCAUUUUCAGAGCUCCAUCCAUGUAAAUGGCACUUUUUCCACAGUAGUACUCAGUACUCAGACAGAUAUCAAGAACAGGAUCACCAUCAUCUUCUCUCAGUGUGAUUCACUUUUGACUCAAGUGAGGAUAUUGUUGUCCUAAAAUAUAUUUCGUUGGUGGAGAGAUGAAGCACUGACACUUUCAACGACAGGCAGGCAUUUUCUCUGUCACUUGGCUGAGUGGAUGUCUAGACAGAUGGACAGAUGUAUGAAAGGAUUUAUACCAUGGUGAAUUCACGCUACAGCUGGUAAUGAAUCCUUACAAAAAACUAUGGCUAAAUCAAAGCCAUAAGCAAGGGAUCCGAACGAUUCUAAAAAUCCAAGCAAUUUAACAACUAAUCGGAAUACUAUGUCUUUGGAUGGCUUGACAGCCUAAAUCUGAAUGUAGCAACUGCUGAAUGAGAGCUAUGAGAGGAUACUGUAUGAGUGGAAAAGAAGCUGAUGAGCUCUCUGAAAGACAAAGAGACAGAUCAAAGAAUGGAUAUCAGGGUUUUGGAGAGCACAGUGGAGAUUGUGUUAAGAAUACAUUAAGAGACAAUGUUAUAGGCAACUGAUCACAGACUGACAGGUUGUGUCAGAUUAUAAAAAAAUUCUGUCAGCGUUGUCUGACAGAGUGAUUGAUUCUCUCCUUUAUUACCAUCCAAAAUGGAAGUGUUUUGAUGUAAGCUCAAUCUUGUUUCAAGGAUUUUCAGACAACACACACACACACACACACACACACAUAAAUGUGUGCAUAUAAAUACAUGCACAAGAAGGCAUACACCUACAGGCGCUAACAAACACAUGCACACACACGUGCAGUAUACUCACUUUAACACAAUCAAGUACUCCACACACACAGCAAGCGAGGGGUAGACCAUUUAUUACUGCAGAUAUCUACUGGCCUGUAUUCAUGUUUCAAAGAGUUAUCAACUUGCAAAGUCUGAGCUAAUAAGUCACCUAUAACUUAUG